CUAAAGAAUCCCAAUUGCAGCGAUUUUAGCCUGUCGAAGCAGUCAGUAAGCAGAGCAAGCAGCAGAAGACAAGUGAGCUAGAUUUGUCGACAAGUACAGACGAUGGCGUACAUAGGAGGAGCUGCCGGAAGAAGAGAGGGAAGAGAAGAUCAGGUAGAAAGAAUGUAGGAGAGAAAAUAGCAGAGGAUAUAGGGAGAGAGGGAGGGAGAGAGCGAGAGAGACAGAGAGAGAGGAGGGAAGGGGGUAGCAAACAGGAAAGCGCACAGACGGACGCAUAGGAGUUUAAGCUGCAGCAGCAAAGGAGAGAAUAAGAGAGAGGGGGGCCCAGAGAAGGAGAGAAAGAGAAGAGAAAGAAAGAAAGUUUGAAGGAAGACAAAAUGGAGGAAGUAGAAGAGAGGAACUGACUUGAGGAAGGGAGGGAGUGAAAGAGAGAGAGAGGUUGAGAAAAGUUUUUGAUACAGAUGAAGAAAACAGAAGGACUGGAUGGCAGAGGGAGCAGCGACAUUGGCCAAACUGGAGAUUCUUCAACAAAGGAGCCUAUAAGCUUUGGAUAUGUACACAGCCGAAGUAACUGGACACUAUAGGUUUGUACAGAAUGGUCUUCCUCCCCCCUGCGCAUGCCAGAGGUGCGUCCACUUCGAAUACUUGGGACACAAUCAUGGAGGAGGAGGAGGUGGUGGAGGAGGAGGAGGAGGGGGAGUGCAGACAUCCAGACAAGCAGACCACCCAGUUUUGGAUCGGACCAGGCGGAACGGGCCAGAACUUUGGGCUAAGGAUCCAACCAGGACUUCUCUGGGGAGCAGUAGACUGGAGAGAAGUUGCCAUAGAAGUCCGCAAAGGAGGCCUGUUUUUGUCGGGACUAUCCCAUGCAACCGCACUAGUCCAGUAUGCUCCUAUGAAAUUCCUCCAGCUCAUUGUAACUGCAACAUAAGACACUGUCCUCCUUUAAGGGAACAGUGCGGAUGCAUGCAUAAUAAUACAAGGGCGUUCGGCUUUGGCGUACCUCAUCAGUUACCCCACUUACAGGUGAAAGGCCAGGGGUACAGGCCAUGCAAGACGGUUCGGUAUGCGUCAAUAGAAGAUGAAGACUACAUUUCAGAUAGGAGUAGUUUUGAACCACAAUACAGUCCACAAAUGGGUUACACACCAAACGGGCAUUGCAGGAUAGGGACCUUCGGGUUGGAGGGAGUGGAGGAAAGAGAUGCACGUCAAGAUUGGGACAGGAUGCAGCCGGAAAGAUCAGAGCAAGGGUGUAACGGACAUGGGGGAUUUUACAAAGGGUUUUUCACUACAGAGGUCCCACCAAAACACUUCAACCCAACCAGGAGGCGAAAUGGGCCAUGUUUAAGUUCUACAGAAGGGACGCAAAGUUUGAAGUUGAAUGGUAUGAUGGUGAAGAGGGAGCAGAGUCCAGAGCCAGGGGAGCAGAGGAAAAAAGACACCGUGAGGGAGCAAAUCAGACAAGUGGUGACCAACCUGGAGGAUGUCCUAGGGGGGCUCAAGCAAGUCCAUGUGGAGAUGAGAGAGGUGGUGGAACAAAUUGAUCGUCUGACUGCCAAUAUCGACCUAAAUGAGGAGACACCCAGCAUCACGCAAGGGCGUGAAAAUAAUCAUAAUAGCUUGGACUUUUCUGAAGACUCGAGAGUGGUUUCUAUUGGCAACCAUAGGCCUCAAGUGGCUCAACAUGUAGACGAAGAACGCAUAAUCUUACGCACAAACUCUCCAUCACCAAUUCAUAUGGCGUCAGUGGUCAAAACGAACCGAAUAGUCCCGUUUUCGAAGCAAAAUGGAUUGAAAAAUGGUCACCCGCCUCAGUUUUAUAAUAGUAACCACAUGGGACAUACCAUUUUAGCACAAGAAUCGCCCCACCCGCAAGCAUUGGACCCUAAAGUCAUUAUAGAAAACAGGACGCAAAAACCCCCGCCAUAUCCGCAGAAUGGACGAUGUGGAAAGUACCAGCCCCCCGUCAAACCUACCCGGAGCCCCCCAUCAAAUCUGGGGAGAGGGCGGCAAAACUCCAGCAUGGUAUAGAAAGACAGAGAGAGAUGGAGAGAGAUGGAGAGAGAAGAGAAGAGGGAAGUUGGAUGAAAUUUGACACCCUGCUACAGUGGAGUGGGAGCAGGCAGGAGAGCAAAUUGUGGAGCUGUCAUGGCCUAAAUAGGGGGUUUCAUCCAGGGACCUGCCCCCAAGAACCCACCCAAAGCCCACCCGCAGUCCUGGAGGAUCAGAGAGAUACCAGACCACCAACACGAGACGGGAUAUGUUUAAUACAUGAGGAAUGAACCGCUCAAAGCAUCCACCACCAACUAAAGAUACAAAGAUUAAUUUAUUAUAUCUAUUUUAUUAUUAUAUUGUAUUUUGAGGCAGCUUAAGCCCCUUUGGACCUUUAUAUUUAUAUUGAAAAUAAAUAUAUGAUGAAGAAA